CACCGUGUCACCUCGAUGGGGUCUGGUGUGAGAGUCAGGCAAGCGGGCAGUGGGAGAACUUGCCGGAAGAGUCUUACCCUGGUGACGUGUUCGUGGUGGAGGAGCCGCAGUCCCCGGUGUGGGCCUGGGUGGGGAGGUGUCAGGCACAAUCCUGCCCUGGGACCGUGGCAAGGCCACUGGGAUCGCUGGGGAGUUGGGUUUGGGCUGCUGAGAAGUCUGAAGAGGCUUUCCGAGUUGCCCAUCACAGUUGACGUUCUUGUGGAGACGGGUGUUGGGAAGACUGUGAACAGCUUACGGAAACACGAGCUGGUAGGAGACUUUGCGAAGAAUCUUGUAGCCAGGUGGAAGAAGCUGGUGCCAGUGUCCCAAGAGGCAGAAAGAAAUAACCUAGAUUCUGAGGACCGUGACUAUGAGAGGAGCAGCUCAAGCAAAAGACAUCAAGAAGCCUCCCUCAGAGAGGAUGAGGAACCUGACCAGGAGUAUUCAGAAGCCUUCCAGCCAUCUUGCAGCCAGUCCUAUAGCCCAGCUCAUAGGGAAAAGAAGUCCAAAAGGUAUCCUAGGCCUGAGAGAGCCCACGAGACUUACGGCUAUAGCAGCCAGGAGGGGAAGGGUUGGGGCAGAUCGUCCCCAGUGCUCUCUUCAGAUCAGGAGUACUCAGACUAUGGACAAGCUGUGUCACCUGAGCCAAAUGAGAGCCCUCAGGAUAUGUACACAGACCCUUAUGCCUCUGAGGAGCAGGAAGAACUGACAGUAUUUCGUCGGAAAGCCAGUAAAGGCCACAGUCUUCAGGAGAAGCUGGGGGCAGGCCGAGAGAGGAACUCUGGUGAGUCCUAUGACAAAGGGAACGUGAGUCAAAGCAAAGAGCACAAGCCUUCUCACAAGAAGCAGCAACUUGAUGGCAGAGGAGAGGACAGGACGUCUGCCUUCAGCCCAGAAAGAUUGCACAAGACCUCUUUUAAAGAGCAGCUCCGAGAAACCCCCAUGGCAGGAAGCAGCAAGGAGAAGCAGAGGAUGUCAGAUGGCACCAAGAGGGAGAAGAACCGAGAAAGUGGCAUCUCCAGAAAGGAGAAGUCGCACAUGUUGCCACAUGUGGAAGAGUCUUCGGACAACCAUGUUAAGAAGCAAAAACAUCGGGACUCUGAAAGAGGCAAAGUGGAAAAGGCCAAGCCGAGCCUGGAGACCUCUAGCACAGAGCGGGAGAAACGGAAAGCUGACAGUGACUCAUCCAAUAGGAUUAAAGAAAAGGGGGCUUCUGGGAGCUCAAAAUCUACAGAGGGGAAGCGCAAGUUCUCUGAUGUGGAGAAAAAAUCGAUGGGCUUUUCCUCCAAUUUUGGGGAGGGGGAAGCAGAGGAUGAAUUUGAACAACCUACAAUGUCCUUUGAGUCCUACCUCAGCUAUGACCAGCCCCAGAAAAAGAAAAAGAAAGCGGUCAAACCGUCUGUGUCAGCUGGGGAGAAAGACCAAGGGCACAGCAAACAGAAUGGAUCCAAAGCCAGUACCAACAGCUCAAGCUCGAGUCAGAAGAGUCUAAGCCACAAGCGAACAAGUGAGAAAAAGGCAGAGAAGGAACCACCAGAGGCUCCUAAACCAAAGAGGAUACUUUUAGAUGUGGUCCCAACGUUACCAGACAUCCCACUGCCGCCAAUCCAGGCCAACUACCGUCCUCUUCCUUCGAUCGAGUCCAUCACCUACUCCCAGACGAAAAGGAAAGCAGUGUCCUCACCAGUUGAAGAGAGUGAAGCAGGCUUCACAGGCCGUCGGUUGAAUUCAAAGAUGCAGGUGUAUUCAGGCUCUAAAACUGCCUACCUCCCAAAGAUGAUGUCUCUGUAUCAGCAGUGUAUCCGAGUCCUCAGUAACAACAUUGACUCGAUCUAUGAAGUUGGCGGUGUCCCUUUCUCAGUGCUGGAGCCAGUAUUGGAGAGAUGCACCCCAGAGCAGCUGUAUCGCAUUGAAGAAUGUAAUCAUGUCCUCGUUGAGGAUACGGAUCAACUAUGGCACAACCACUGUCUCCGAGACUUCAAGAACGAGAAGCCAGAAGAAUUUGAGUCCUGGCGGGAGAUGUACCUUCGCCUUCACGACGCACGAGAGCAGCGGCUGCUCAUGUUAGCACGGAACAUCGGCUCAGCUCACGCCAACAAACCCAAAGGUCGAGUUGCCAAAAUGGCAUUUGUGAACUCUGCAGCAAAGCCCCCUCGGGACGUACGAAGGAGGCAAGAGAAGUUUGGAACUGGAGGAGCUCUUCUGCCAGAGAAGACCAAAAUAAAACCAGUCCUAUAUACAUCCAGCAAAAGCCACGCUCGUGUGAGUGAGGAGCAGUCCUAUGAUGGGCCCAGCACCAGCAGUGCCCACUCUGUCCCAUCUUCAGCUAGCACCUUCUCCUCCUGUGACCCCAGGAAACCACCGGUGAAGAAAAUUGCACCCAUGAUGGCAAAGACUAUCAAAGCUUUCAAAAACAGGUUCUCUCGAAGAUAAGUUUGCAGUGCAGACCUGGGACUUUCCCUCUCGGGGACAAGUGGCACUGCAGGGGGAGAAGGUCCCCAAACAGCCCUUUUAUUUGGACUCUUUGGAGGCUGCGGCUGCUGGGAGAAGCUUUGAUCUGCACAAGAUGACAGCACAGUAUUUUAUCUUUUAUUCUGGUCCCUUUCUCAAUGUCAAGCCCUCCUCUUUUGCCCCACCCUUAACAUCCUGUUUCUAGCUUUGUCAUCCAUCAAAAGAAGAGUGUACAGAAUCUCUCGACGCAAGAAAAUGUGAAGUCUUGGCACCUGCUGAGAGUGGAAGAUCUAGAGACUAUUUACUAUUUAACCUCUUAAUAAAUUAUAAAAUGGUUUUAAUUAAUAUUUUGCCCCUCUAUCCCACUGGUAUUAUUUAUGUUGCUCCCAGUAGGCUCUCCCCUCACAAUGCAGUAUGAGGGCCGGCCUGUCUGUGACUGGAGCUGUCAGGAACCCACGUGUCUGAGUGGACACUGGGUGUCAUGGGACUCUUUCCUUGUGAUCUGGUACCUGCUGGGCCCAAAGUCCCACCUGGACCCUCUGGGACAGGUUGGACCAGUGGCCCGUCUGCUCAUCGAUCCUUUGGCAAGUGCAUCAAGUCCUGAGGCUUUGUGCUCUCCUCGUGUAUGUUCAUAAAAUCUUAGCUCUUGACCUUCUCUCUGCUGUUACUGUAGAUCUUGUACAGAUGCUUACGUUGUUAUGCAGGGAUGCCAGGAGCCACUGGGGACUUGUUCUCUGCUGCUGUUGUCUUCUGCUGGCUACCGGGAAUAAGACUCCAAGGGGUUUUGGAGAAAUCUUACUGUGCACCAAAUCAAAUUUUAACUUUUUUUUUUUUUUUUGAGAGAGAGAGGGGACUUUGUCUGCCUCUGAAAUUCAAAACAGUUUUUAAAUAUCAGUUGUUUGGAGGCUCUAGCUGGAGAGCACAGCUUCCCUGUACCCUUGACCCUUGGUACGUCUCUAUCAGGGAAGGUCAUCUUGGACUGCGCAUGCAGGUUCAGAAGGGGUACACAUGGAGCGGGGAGGGAGGAAGAGGACACCCCCCUCGCCAGCCAGAUCAGCCGAAUCAAUGCUGGCGAUCCAUGGGGUGACAGAUGUUGCAGCCAGAUCGCCCUCACGUCCAAAGGUUGGAUCAGAUGAUCCUUGAGGUUCCUUCCAACCUGGUAUUCUAUGAUAUCAAUGGAGGCACUGGUUUGCCUCUCUUGGGGGAAAGAAGGAAUCCUUUUAUCUUGUUUUCUGUGUGGAAUUGGGAAGGAAUUACUUCCAGUUUGGAAGCUGGUGCUUAAAUCCUGUCUCUUCCUUGUACGUUUUCCUCUGCCCCAUCUUUGGAAAAAGCAAGGAUUUUAGUCUUUGAACCUGAAACCAAUUGACUGCCGUUGGAGGGAAGCGAAUAAGGGAAUGUGGUUUGUUUUUAACAUGCGCGUACUACAUUGCAGGAAUUCAAAAAGCUGGGUUGUGCUUGGUGUCUGCAGAAGUGGAGGUCUGAAAGAGCGUGUGAUGUGGCCCAGUGGCUGGGGCCGAUGGGGUUGGUGGAAGUGUGAGGAGGUGCCCUGGAGCACAGCUCCACUGGGGAGGUCGGAAGACCGAGUGCUGGCCAAGGGGUGUGAUUUCAGGUGGAGUUGCUGAGGCUGCAGCCAAGAGUGGGGAGCCGGCACCACGAUACACUCGCUGUUCAGUGUGAAGCUUUGUUGUGAUGAGCGUUUGGGCCUGCGGGUCACAUCUGCCUCAAAAGGGAACUCAUCCAGAGGUGGUGCCAGGAGAGGACAGGCCUGGGCAGAGCCAGGCCGUGUGCUGCGGGAACCGGGCUCUCUGUUAGCGCUCAGAGGUCCGGCUGGGUCGCAAAGGGGAGACGUUCUCCUGCUGCAAGCCAUAUUGGCUGCUCUGGGCUCGAGAAAAAUCCCUGUAGGUUGCUGCUUUCUGUGGGUUUCUUUCUUUUUCUCCUCUUCUUUCUUUCCACCCAUUCUGAACACCUCUCUGUUGUUUAUUUGGUCUGUUCUUGCCUUCUUUUGAAGGUCUUGGACAAAUGUUCUCAGACUUUGAUGUGCUGUAAGUUUGUUCCAGUCCCGGAUGCUUUCAUGUUACCGUGCAGCAUUUCGGUGUGUGUUGUACUGUAAAAUAAUGGCUCCUUACUCUUGCAUUUUUUCUGUAUUUAAUUUAGCUGUAUUUUUAAUUAGAUAACAAUAUAUUAUUUUCUGCUGAGCAUUGUGCCACCCUUUAUUUCUCCUCUGUACUUGGGGCAGGGGCAGAGGGGAGGGAAGGGGAGUCUGGCAUCGUGUUCAGGCCCCAGUGGAGCCUUGAGCAAAGGGUCUGGGUGAGACCCGAGAACCAUCUUGGGCACUGCUCAACUGCCCCUUAGUUAAUCCUACAGCCACGUACUUGAGUGUGGGUAUUCCCCACAGCAUUGCUGUUACAGGGUCAUUUACUUUGCUUCCCUGCGCAACCUCUUUGCUCCAGGCUUUGCCACCUAUGUUUGUAUUUUAGCAGAGCUGCGUAGCAGGAAGGGAGUACCGAGAGGGUCAGAGUUUUGAACGGGCUCCGCUCUGCACUGGGCGGGUCACGCUGGUGCUGGGAUCGAUGCCACCGCUCUCCCUUCCCUCCCCUUCCUCAGGCUCCAACACUGGAAUUGUGCUGAGGGACGAGCUGGGCCCCAGUCCUCGGCGGGGACAAGCAGAGGACACAGACUGAGCACAGCCUAGGGACACAGUGCUCGCUUGGGGCUAGGGGUGAUGCGUGUUCCAUGUGUCCCUGCUGCACUGCAGCCAAAGGAGCUGGGCAGAGCUGCCUCUGCCCCCGUGGCUGCCCCAAGGUUGGUGGGAUGAGGAAGCUGGGCAGGUGGGGAGCAACGGGGGCUGGCAGGGGGGACUUUGAUCCCCAACUGUGUACAGACAAUUUUCUAUGUUCCGUUUUUUGUGGUAACUAAGAUGAAUAUUUUAAUGAGAUAAGUUCUAUGAGAAGAGGAAAAUCGUGUCUCAAUAAAAGCCAAACACUGGAG